AUGAACAAGCUGCCCUCAAGCACGUACAUGGCAGCCCUCGCCAUCACAGACACCGGUUUCUUGAUCCUUCUUUUCUUCACUUGGCUACAGCAGGCCGGUAUUUCCAGUGUCGUUUCUUACCCUUGGUGUCAGAUCAUCGUGUUCAGCACUUACGUGUUUAGCUUCCUCUCCGUGUGGUUUGUCGUUCUAUUCAUGAUAGAACGGUAUAUCGCUGUCUGCUAUCCACUGAAGGCCCUGCAGUUGUGCACCAAAAAACGCGCCCGUUUAUCGACGGUGAUUAUCAGUGUUCUGGCGAUGUUGCUCUAUUCACACAGCUUCUGGACAACAUUCGACCGUCAAGGAAUGUGCGAGAUGAGAGCCGAAUUCUUCAUCUUUUUGACCAUCAUGACUUACGUUGACACCGUCGCCACAUUUAUCGUGCCGUUUACAGCAAUUCUCGUUAUGAACCUACGGAUCAUAUUUGCUGUUCGUGACGUCAAGAGACGUAGUCACUGGCUGCAGGAGCUUCAGCCGAGAACGAGCGCACACCACACAUCCCUCAGCAAGACACAAAUGAAACUGACUAAGUCUCUGGUGAUCGUGUCUAGCGUCUUCCUAAUGCUCGUUCUGCCGAGCCACGCCAACCGGUUUUACGCUCUCAUCAGCGUACAUUUUCUAUCGUCGGGCCUAAAUCGACCCUUAGAGAUCGCUCAGCAUUUAAUGCAGUUUCUGUAUUAUUUAACAUUCGUGAUUAAUAUUCUUCUUUACGCCGCCACAAGUCACAUGUUUCGAAAAGGGACUUCGGAAAUCUGUAAAAAGAUCAAACGCAUCUUAUGA